AAGGUCCCUGCCCAGAGUUCAGGAGAGAGGGCCAGGAGGGUGGCCCCGGGCUCUGGCAUCAUGUCCUGCUCCGUCACUUCAGAAGACCUGGACCAGGAGAAGAGAGCAGCCUUCCAGAGGAUCCUGAGCGCAUUGACUGGUGAGGCCGAGGCCAGUGGGACCUGCAGCAGCUCCCAGCCUUCCAGUCUUGGGUCCCCACCUGCUGGCCCUCGAGCUCCCAGCCUCAGUGCCCAGCUGGAGGGGGGCCAGAAAGGGCAAGACUCGCAGGGCCCAGUGUCCCUCCUGGGAGUCUCUGCAGGGGCCCCCUCAGUGCACCCUGGGUCAGGGGGGCAGCUCAGCUCCCCAGGCCAAAUCUGCUCCUCCUCAGGAUUCCUUCCAGGCUACCCUCCACACUCCCUGCGCCCUGUCCCAUCCUCUGUGCUGGCCCCAGCCCCCUCGCCGCUAUCAGGCAGGGAUGGGGGAGGUCUGUUUCCUGGGGUCCCUGCUCCCUGCCCCACACCAGGGAUGGGCGGCCCAACCCAAAGCCCAACUCAUACCUCGACUCGUACAGUUUCUAUGGGGGCCCUUCCCCACUUUCUGCAGAAGCCCAUGUGGGGGCCCCCUGGGAGUGGAGAAGAUAGAGGCCCUGGGCUCCCCGGAACCUCAGGCACAACCGUAUCAGGUGCCAGUUCCACCUCCGUGACUGUUUCCAAGUCCUUAAGGAGGAAGAGGACAGCCUCCAGGAGAGUGCCCCCUCCUGUUUCCCAGUCACAGGGCUUCCCUGUCCCCACCCCGAGUGUGCCCCCUCCUGCUUUCCCCUCCCAGGGCCUUCCUGUCCGCCUCCCUGUCCCCACCCCGAGUGUGUCCCCUCCUGCUUUCCCCUCACAGGGCCUCCCUGUCCCCACCCUGAGUAUUCCCAGCCCAUCCACUGCCUCUGACUUUGUGGGAACCCCUGCCACGCCCAGCCCUGCCACCAACACUCAGUCCAGCCCGCGUCCGGGCACUCAGCUGCUGGCAGCAGAGGCCCAGCUCCAUCCAUUGAAAAAGCCCACGCUGAACCCCUUCAUUUUGAGUGGGGGGCCCAGCCCCAUUGCCAGCAAGGCUGCCUUGCAGGGACUCCAGACUAAGGACAAGGCUGAUUAUCACUACCACUCCUUCUAUGACAGCCAUUUAAAAGAAAUGUGGGCAUAA